AUGCACCUCAAUGUCUGGGAUCGAGCAAAGGACCAACAAGAGUGGUGCCUGCUUCCCGCGCGCGCAGACACCCCGACGGAGGACGGCAGCGAGGGCGACAGUCUGCGCGACGACGAGGCGGCGUCCACUGCGGGGCUGCUGGCCAUGGCCGCCACGCUCGGCCGGGGCCACGAGCUGCUCAAACGAUCCAAGAAAGGCGACCUGCACUUCCGGCGGCUGUCGGUGUACGUGGACCGGCACGGCUGUGUGGCGCUGCGGCUGCAGAAGAAAGUGAUGGGCGCCAUGAUGCGCGGGAAGAAGAGGCUUGUCACGGGUAUCGAUGCCAUUGCGGCGUGGCCGGGGCGGGAGCUGCUGCAGAGCCUGGACGGGCAGGACACCCUGGGUCAGCGCCACUUUUGCAUCCGGGCCGGACGGAAGAACCUCGAGUUUGAGGCCAAGUCGGACCACGAGUGCACCAUGUUCAUCGAGGGCAUCGGGCGCCUGCUCGCGUACGCGGCCUCGCUCAAGCCGCUCCAGGCCGCGGGCCAGGCCAGCCAGCACCAUGCGUCAUCAGGGUGA